AGCUGGUUGGUGCCGAGAUUCGUGGCCUUUCGAACGAGGAAAUGCCAUUAUUGCUAUUUACUCUUUGACGUCUUUAGUCUGCCCCGAGCUGCAGCAUCCCUCCAUGUCCGAAGUCGCGGUGUCGCUCGUUUGAGGCCGUUUCGCCUGGUGCUGGAAAUAGGAGGUUGGAGAGACACUUCAUACUGAAUUAAAAUAUUUUCUAAAGCUGAGUGCGCUCCAGGAACCAUCACCCAAAUGUUUCUCUGCCCGUGGAGGUUUCGUAUUUGAAAGAAUAUUUCUACGAAAGGUAGGUGUGUCCCAUCAUCAUGUUCUGGAAGUUUGAUUUGAACACAACAUCGCAUGUGGACAAGCUGCUGGAUAAGGAGGAUGUGACGCUGCAUGAGUUGAUGGACGAAGAUGACAUCCUACAGGAGUGCAAGGCGCAGAACCGUAAACUGCUGGACUUCAUCUGCCAGCAGCAGUGCAUGGAGGACCUGGUCAACCUCAUCACCCAUGAGCCCCCCAUGGAUAUGGAGGAGAAGGUCCGCUUCAAAUACCCAAACACCGCCUGUGAACUGCUGACCUCUGAUGUGCCGCAGAUCAAUGACAAGCUAGGAGGGGAUGAAACCUUGUUGAAUAUCCUUUAUGACUUCCUGGAUCAUGAGCCACCUUUGAACCCGUUGCUUGCCAGUUUCUUCAGCAAGACCAUUGGGAAUCUCAUUGCGAGAAAAACUGAACAGGUGAUCACGUUUUUGAGGAAAAAAGAUAAAUUCAUUAGCCUGGUGCUAAAGCACAUUGAUACGUCUGCAAUGAUGGACCUGCUGCUUCGUCUGAUCAGCUGUGUGGAGCCAGCACCUCUACGGCAGGAAGUGUUAAAUUGGCUCAAUGAAGCAAAAGUAAUUCAAAGACUUGUGGAGCUCAUCCAUUCAAGCCAGGAUGAGGAUAGGCAAUCAAAUGCUUCCCAGACCUUGUGUGAUAUCAUAAGAUUGAGCAGAGACCAGAGCAACCAGCUACAGGACAUACCUGAGCCUGACCCACUUCUCAUAGCACUGGAAUCGUAACCGUGCUCUGAAUCAUUAUUAAAUAACAUGUUUGAUGGAGACCAGGCUGAAAACUGCAUAGUGAACGGAACUCAGAUUUUACUAACGUUACUGGAGACAAGGCGCUCUGGGGUAGAAGGAUUGAUGGACUCGUUCUCUCAGGGAUUUGAAAGGUCUUACACUGUCAAUAGCAGCAUUUUACAUGGUAUUGAACCACGGCUAAAGGAUUUCCACCAGCUUCUCCUCAAUCCCCCCAAGAAAACAUCAAUCCUAACUACUAUUGGUGUCUUGGAGGAGCCGCUGGGGAACGCUCGCCUUCAUGGAGCUCGACUGAUAGCUGCUCUGCUCCACACAAACACUCCCAGUAUUAAUCGGGAACUAUGCAGGCUCAAUACCAUGGACUUAUUACUUGACUUAUUUUUUGCAUACACGUGGAAUAACUUUUUGCAUUUCCAAGUGGAACUGUGCAUAGGAGCGAUCCUCUCGCACUCUGUGCACGAAGGGAAAACAACAACGAAUGACCUGGAAAAUAAAGAAGAGGUACUGAAUGGGAAUGUGACCACAGAAAACUCAGAGACUCCAGACAACAGGCCAGAAAAUAUCAUGGUGACGCAUCUGUUCCAGAAGUGCUGCUUGGUGCAGAGGAUAUUGGAUGCCUGGGAAACCAAUGAUAAAAUACAGGCAGAAGGUGGCAUGAGGCGAGGGAAUAUGGGCCACCUGACCCGAAUAGCCAACGCUGUGGUACAGAACAUGGAGAAAGGCCCCAUGCAGACUCAGAUCAGUGAAUUCAUUAAAGAGCUACCUGAGGAUUGCAGAGGGAGGUGGGAGAGUUUUGUAGAAGAGACUCUGACCGAGACGAACCGGCGGAAUACAGUGGAUUUGGUGAGCACUCACCAUUUGCACUCUUCCAGUGAGGAUGAAGACAUUGAGAGCGCUUUCCCCAAUGAACUCUCCCUCCAGCAGGCAUUCUCAGAGUAUCAGAUCCAGCAGAUGACAGCCAACUUUGUGGAUCAGUUUGGCUUCAAUGAUGAAGAGUUUGCAGACCAGGAUGACAACAUCAACGCGCCUUUUGACAGGAUUGCGGAGAUAAACUUCAACAUAGAUGCAGAUGAUGACAGUCCCAACGCUUCCCUCUUUGAAGCCUGCUGCAACGAACGGAUUCAACAGUUUGAUGAUAAUGAGGAUGAGGAAGAUAUCUGGGAGGAGAAGGAAAUAAGCUAUGCAACCCAAGUGAAAUCGAGAACACGGUUUGGAGUCUCUCAGACCUCAGAGAGUUCUUCAAAGAGUGAUCUAGAGAACGGGGACCACGAUGGCAGUGUGGACUCGGAGGAGGAGGAGGAAGCAGAAGAACAAACGUCACCUCCUGCAGUGAAUGCCAACAAAAAUAACGCUUCUGAGCAGAAGGACACAGACUCCUCUGAAGGCUCAGGAUGGACAGCCGUGUUCGAGCCAGUGAAUUCAAAGCCCCCAGCACCUUGUGUGGCCAUGGAUGUUGGAUCGAGCGUGUGGGAUUCAGCAGCACCAGAGACUACCACUCCUGAGGAGAAAGGAUGGGCAAAGUUUACAGACUUUCAACCUUUUUGUUGCUCAGAAUCAGGUCCACGAUGUAGUUCUCCUGUGGACACAGAAAGCAGCGACUCAGAGGGAAACCCCAAGCAAAGUCAGGACAAGACCUUUAGCGCUGCGUCGCCCUGUGUUUGGAACGUCUGUGUGACAAGGAAGGCGCCUCUCGUGGCCUCGGACAGCAGCUCCUCUGGAGGCUCUGACAGCGAGGAAGACGAGGACAAGACCGACAUCGUUACCGAAACCAUCAGCACGGGGUCAGGCCAGGAAACCAUCAAACUGACCAUGGAUGCUAAGAAUGAGAAAGCUGUGUUCACCAGAAUAUUUAGACCUGCAGUCAGAGGUGAUGCAGACUGCAUGGUGAUCGACAAGCUGACCAUCACUGAUAUGGCAACGACAAAGGUCUCCAAACCACUGAACAGCACGGCCCAGCAUUCGGAGGAGCACCAGAACGCUGCAGCUGUUGGUACGGUUGCUACAGAAGCCACAGCAAAAGACAGGAAGGAAGAGGUCUUACCGUGUGCCGAAGCCACAUUAAAUGGCCCCGCUUGAUGAAUCGAAUGCAAUGGGACAUGUGUGAUCCAGGCCAGGCUGCUACCUGGUGAUGCAAUUUGUCAGUUUUUUUCAUUUUAAUUUUAUUUUUUAAUAAAUGCUGCAUUGAUGAGAGAGCUGGCAUUCAGGACCAGACGCGAUUCCAACACCAACAACCUGUUCUGAAAGACACUUGCAUUGUCUAAAUGUAGCAUGGAUCAGUUAGUCAUCAGAGUGACUGGGUCCUACCCAAGCAAGCCUUCCGCCUGGUUUCAGUUCCUUGUCCCCCUUCCUCUUCUCCCCUGGUUUUUUUGUUUUCUCUCUGGGGUUCAGUCCUGUUUCCUUAGUGUUAUUGCACACAGUAUUCAGCUUCUCUUCAGAAAGGUAGCAGGUCUAACGCUGGGGCUUGGACAGUGCACAAAAAGUCCUGCAGUCGUCUGACCAAAGUUCCUGAUGGAGCUGCCUCGGGCAGCAUUUGCACCGCUUUUGUAUAGCAAUAAAGCCUUAUCAGAAACAUUUCAUAGGAGGAAAAGAUACAAACACUUUAAACGGGAUGUGGCAGGGAGGGAUAUUUUUUUUCUGUGGGGUGGGAGGGAAGACAUCAACAUGGUCCCAAGCCAGAGGCCAGAUAGCGAAGUUAGCGUAACACUGAACCGUCUUGAGACACGGGAGAUCUCUGCGUUCCAGUGAAUGGCACCGUGCUCUGUUCUCUGGCGACAUGACAGUUCACUGCAGGAUCUUGGACCAUUUUAGCAGCUGGUCACUUCCGUCCGAGCCAUCCAAACUCAACCCUCUGGAUGUCGUCCUACAUUGGGCUGGGAAGCGUGCGAAGGAGGCAGCGUGUCAUGCUCGUCGACUGAGAGGACAGCGACCCACGGGACGGCUGCCAUGCAGGGACAGGAGCAGACGUGGCCCGACCAGGUGAUGAGGGACUUUUGCACGAAAUAAGGGGUGUCAAAAUCGCACGACCUGAGCUUGGCCUGGCCUGGCCUGGCGAGCCAAGACCAUCAACAGCCCAUUGCUGCCAACCGACCGUUGGAAAUCGAUAGCAGAAAAUACCUUCCCUCGUCCCACCGCGUCUCCUGGGGCCGCUUCUUUAGGAGAGUCUCUGCCGAUGUCUCACGAAAGCAGCCUGCCCUGGAGCUACACGCGAGAGGAGUGCUUUCAGCCUUCGGGGCUCGUCCCGACAAGGGGAGGAUGCCAGAACUGAGGUUCGGGGUUUGUAGAAGCUCAAAACACAGUAGACUUCUUGUCCUUACGCUUGAACCGAAGUGAUGUGCAGCGUGUCUGUCGUGACAAUCUGUUGACGGUCUAGGCAUCUAAACGGGAUGUUUCCACUGGGCGUGCAGUCGGCUCCUAAACCUGGGCAUCCAGAGCCAGACUAGGCAAGAGGUCUAGAAGCGCGACCGGUCCCUUCCCUUUUCCCUUCCUCGUUUGCAAUUUGAUUCCAAAGACUUGGCGGCGUGGGGGAAGCGGCGCGUGAAGCUUUGACCAGGAGCGGCAGUGCGGUGAUGGGGUGGAGAGCGCUGUGCAUCUUAGUUGUGCCGCGCGUGUGUUUUGGGGGAUCUCUGGCAGAUUUGUAAGUGGUGCAUCCCCAUAAUUCACUUCUGAGAGCGUGAACUAUGAGGUAACUUUACCCCUGGCUUUUUCCGCUCCAGUCGGAUGAAGACGUAACCAGUCCAGGCUUGCGCACCUGACUGGAGCCGCGAGGCGCGUAGCAUACCCAGGGGAGCGGACUUCACUUCAAAGAGAGCUGGGGGUUUGAAGAGAGAAUUGCUUCUGCACGCAGCGGUGGUAGCGAGGGCCGUGCAGGCCUGGAGGAAAGAACAACAGUCCCGUUUUUGGUUUAGUUUUGGUGUUUCUUCAGUGUUUCGCUGUGUUUUCUAGGUUUGGCGAGCCGGCUAACUGUCCGGUCAAAUAUUGUCCACCAAACAAUUCAUCAUUUUUGACUGGUCAAAGAUUAUAGCAAUUUUAUGGGGUGGGGGGGAAACCUACAUUUUUUUUUACAGUUUGAAAGAAAUGUUUUUUUUAUUGUGUUGACACAUUUUUUAUGGAAAAGUUGUGCUUUUUCUGUGUGUUAUUUGGUGAUUUUUGACUAGUUAAAUACUCAACCUUAGUGCUUUCACAGAUCAUCCCCCCACGUAGCCACCUCGUGGUAACAGCCAUGCCGGGAGAGAGGAGGAGCAGAGCUGAGUCUGGGAGCUGGCGAGACCGGGCCGCACAAUUGUGCGGGACAAGUCAGCAGGCCCUGGGGCGACCACUCCACGCUCGGGGCCGUGGCCGGCGCUCUGGGCAUGAAGGGAAGGCUCCAGAAGGACCCCAGGUCGGGCUUAAGGGGCUCCUGGACUGGAAAUGCCAUUUGGGGUUUGGCGCAGUCCAGGUCAGAGCGGGCAGCGCGCCAGUUGCUGCUAACGUAUGCGGGGAUCAUACGCGGCAAUUUCUAAAAACGUGGUCCUAAAUCUAAUCUUUUUGGAAGUGCCCGGGCUGAGCGUCAGGCCUUGCCUGAUCGGUGUUUUAAUCAUCGGUAUGGAGAAUCCCACGUAGGUACGAGGUCCACGGGCAAGGGGCAUGAAUGAUUGGGAGCCCAGCAAGUCGCGUAGGGCCGGGAGUGCUGGGGGACUCGGGAGGCGAUGCUGGCCCGACUUCGCUGUGGCACCAACACCUUCUGAGCCCUCUCUCGGCUAAAUCCACGUGAUGGACGUUGUCGGGUGAAAAUGCACUUAAAAAAGACCAGCGUCUGUAGCAGUGCCGCCGACAUCUUACAUCUUCACUGCUUCUUACGUCUUCCAGUCUGGGAACGGGGCUGUUCUUGCGAGUCAGGGGACACGUCGGACCGUGGCCUCCCCUGGGCUGUGCCUGCUAAUGGUUCCCCUUCGGGCCAGGGGCUUAAUGGUUCAGAGAGACCUUCUUCUUCACGCUCGUUAGACCUUUGCCGGCCUCCUCCUUUAAAGCACUCGGGAUAGCUGCACGUUUCCCACUUCACAGCAGACCGUCUCGCACACCGCUCGGUGCUUCUUGGUGGCAUCCUUUACUUUUCCCCGCGACUCCCAUCCCAGGAUGAGCUUUGCGGGGCACGAUGCCUUAACGGCUUGCGUGAGGGCUGUCUGUACCCGAGGGCCCGAAGUUCAAAACCACAAAGGCCAGGCCUCUCGUUUUCUUCACGGGAGCCGCGUGGGUGCACGCAGCGUACGGGAGCCGCAGCCUUGCCGGUGGGAGCGUGCGGCUGCGCGAGGCCGUCUAGGAAAGGCAGGGCAGGGCCCGUUUCGGUUCCAGUUUCCUGGCGAAGCUCUGCUGCGGGCACCCGGGGACAUUGAGACUUGUCCUCUCCGUUCGUUGCUCGUGACGCUGGGCAGAGGGACCUAACCCAUCAAAGCCCUGCCCAGGCCGCGGAGCCGUGCUAGACGCCCGCGGGGACGUUGCGGACGGUGCAUCCGCGUCUACUUCAGAGCCGGAUUUUCAGCUCGGCAAAUGGGCCGAGGUUUUCCAAGCAGCUCCGAACCCGGCUGCGCUGAGCCUUUCGCCCGGGGUUCGGGCGCUCACAUGGGGGGGCUUGUUCUGAAAGCCUGCCUCGGGCUUGUGGGACCUCCAGCCCCUGCGCGGUCCCGGGGGCUGGCGAGGGUCCCGCGGGGCCUGCAGUCGGGCUCGGACAGGGCUUCCAGGGAGCAUCCCCGGGAGGCAGGAGGGAGGCCUGCCGGAUGCAGCCGCGAUAGCAAUAAGACAUGCUUGCCUGCGUGGAAGACGAGAGCGGGCCACGAUCGGCACCGAGCGGCCUUUCGUCUGCCGGGGGGCGGCAGCAAAGGGCUGGCGAGUUCAGUGCAAUGACACAGGGGAGCCUUCUCUCUGCCCUUAAAUGUUGACCCUGGGUCUUUGUAAGCAAUGUCUGUGUAUUUAUGUGUAUAUAUGAGGUACAGAGUUUUAAACGUACUGCCUUUUCCCCCCUUUCCCCUCCCCUUAUUUUUCUGAGUAAUUCCAGAUGUACUUGAGUCUCUCGACUGUCGAAACUUUUCUAUUGUAAAACCAAUGCUGGCGGGUUUGGGGUCAUUUGGGUUGGUUUCUUUCUUUCUUUUUUUUUUUUUUUUUUGAAAAAAGGAAGGAAAAAAGAAAAAAAAAAAGAGAAAAGAGAAGUAAAACAAAAAAGGAGCCGGGAGCCCCCGCAGCCGCCUGCCCCUCUGUCGUCCUUCCAGGCUGUAAAUUCCAACUAUCAAUAAAAACUCGAAAUGCA